GCUGGGCCCAUGUGCCACGAGUCAUCCAUGGCGAUCUCAGCAAACUUUCGCGGCCGGUGCAAGAGUUUGUGGAGCACGGGGUACGGCUCUGCCAACCAGAGAACAUCCACAUCUGUGAUGGAACCGAGAAGGAGAACGGCAAAAUCUUAAACCUUCUGGAGUCGGAAGGCGUCAUUAAACCACUGACCAAGUAUGAGAACUGCUGGCUGGCCAAGACCGAUCCUAAGGAUGUGGCCCGUGUGGAGAGCCGGACAGUCAUUGUGACGGAGAACCAGAGGGACACCAUACCCAUCCCUGUCUCGGGAGUCAAAGGACAACUGGGCAACUGGAUGAACCCAAAAGCCUUCCAGGAGGCGAUGGACGACCGGUUCCCCAGCUGUAUGAAAGGCCGUACCAUGUACAUCAUCCCAUACAGCAUGGGGCCCAUUGGCUCGCCCCUGUCCAAGAUCGGGAUCCAGCUCACAGACUCGGCCUAUGUGGUCGCCAGCAUGCGCAUCAUGACCCGCAUGGGUGCUGCGGUCCUCCGCAAUCUGGGUGACGGCGAGUUUGUCAAGUGCCUGCAUUCCGUGGGAAGGCCUCUUCCUCUGGACGAAGAGCUGGUGAAUAACUGGCCUUGUAACCCAGAGAAGACACUCAUCGGACACGUCCCGGAACGGCGCGAGAUCGUCUCCUUCGGCAGUGGCUACGGGGGCAACUCCCUCCUGGGCAAGAAAUGCUUUGCUCUCCGUAUUGCCUCUUGCAUUGCCAAAGACGAGGGCUGGCUGGCUGAGCACAUGCUGAUCUUGGGGAUCACAAAUCCGGAGGGGAAGAAGAAGUACGUGGCGGCCGCCUUCCCCAGCGCUUGCGGGAAGACCAACAUGGCCAUGAUGAAUCCCACACUGCCCGGUUGGAAGGUGGAGUGCGUGGGAGACGACAUCGCCUGGAUGAAGUUCGACAGUGAAGGGCGCUUGCGAGCCAUCAAUCCCGAGAAUGGGUUUUUUGGAGUGGCCCCGGGCACGUCCACCAAAACCAACCCCAACGCUAUGCACACCAUCCAGCGGAACACAAUGUUCACCAACGUUGCCGAGACCAGCGAGGGGGGAGUCUACUGGGAGGGCAUUGACCAGAUGAUCCCAUCAGGGGUGACCAUCAGCACCUGGCAGGGGAAGCCCUGGAAACCUGGUGACAAGGAACCUGCCGCCCAUCCCAAUUCCCGGUUUUGUGCUCCAGCCCGCCAGUGCCCAAUUAUGGAUCCAGACUGGGAAUCCCCCCAGGGUGUCCCUAUUGAUGCCCUCAUCUUUGGGGGCAGGAGACCUGUGGGAGUGCCCUUGGUGUACGAGGCGUUCAACUGGCGCCACGGAGUCUUCGUGGGCAGCGCUAUGAGAUCUGAGUCCACGGCAGCUGCUGAACACAAAGGCAAGGUCAUCAUGCACGACCCCUUUGCCAUGCGCCCUUUCUUUGGUUACAACUUUGGCCGCUACCUGACACACUGGUUGAGCAUGGAAGAGCGCAAAGGCGUCCGGCUUCCCAAGAUCUUCCACGUCAAUUGGUUCCGGAAGGAUGCCGAGGGGAACUUCUUAUGGCCGGGCUUCGGGGAGAACUCUCGCGUCCUUGACUGGAUCUGUCGGCGUGUCGAUGGAGAGGGGAGCGCCCAGGAGACACCCAUCGGGUACAUCCCCAAAGAGGGCGCCCUGGACCUCACGGGCCUCAAGAAAGUGGACCACCGGGAGCUGUUCUCCUUGCCCAAGGAGUUCUGGCAACAAGAAGCACGGGAAGUGAGGCAGUACCUGACCGAGCAAGUGAACGAGGAUCUGCCCAAGGAAGUGCUGAAGGAACUGGAGGCCCUGGAGGACCGCGUAAAGAAGAUGUGAGGGACCUGGG